GCACGCAGCCUUGACGUCUGCCAUAGGCUCUUGUGUCAGAGAGCUGCAUGGGAAAUAGUGCUCCUGCUAGCACUGCUGGAUCAAGGCCUGAGGACAGAAACAGCCUAAACACAGUGACGUGCAUCGGUGCCAAGGCCGCCAGCCCAUCUGCCACCAUGACUCACCAGUACCCCGCACUGACUCCUGAGCAGAAGAAGGAGCUGCAGGAAAUCGCUGAGAGGAUAGUAGCUCCAGGAAAAGGCAUCCUCGCAGCCGAUGAGUCCACCGGCAGCAUGGCAAAACGUUUGAACCCCAUUGGGGUUGAGAACACAGAGGAGAACAGGCGUCGCUACCGCCAGCUGCUCUUCACAGCCGACCAGCGGAUUGAUAGCUGUAUCGGGGGAGUCAUCUUCUUCCAUGAAACCCUCUACCAGAACACAGAUGAUGGCACUUGCUUCGCCAAGCUCAUCAAAGACCGCGGCAUUGUUGUCGGCAUCAAGGUGGACAAAGGUGUUGUGCCCCUCGCUGGAACAAAUGGAGAGACCACCACUCAGGGUCUGGACGGGCUGUCUGAGCGCUGUGCACAGUACAAGAAGGACGGCGCAGACUUCGCCAAGUGGCGCUGUGUGCUGAAGAUCAGUGACACCACGCCAUCUGAGCUGGCCAUCUUUGAGAAUGCUAAUGUUCUGGCACGAUAUGCUAGCAUCUGCCAGCAGAAUGGUAUUGUUCCUAUUGUGGAGCCUGAGAUUCUUCCUGACGGAGAGCAUGACCUGAAGCGUUGCCAGUACGUCACUGAGAAGGUCCUAGCUGCAGUGUACAAGGCUCUGUCAGACCACCAUGUCUACCUGGAAGGCACUCUGCUGAAGCCCAACAUGGUCACAGCUGGACACUCCUGCCCUAACAAGUACAGCAGCGAGGAAAUCGCCAUGGCGACCGUCACUGCCCUGCGCCGCACUGUGCCUCCUGCCGUCACAGGAGUGACAUUCUUGUCAGGUGGCCAGUCCGAAGAAGAGGCCAGCAUGAACCUUAAUGCCAUUAACACCUGUACGCUCGCCAAGCCCUGGGCCCUGACUUUCUCCUACGGCCGCGCCCUGCAGGCCUCCGCCCUCAACGCAUGGAAAGGAGAGCUGAGCAACGAGAAGGCCGCCACCGAGGAGUUCAUCAAACGUGCCGAGGCAAACGGUCUGGCUGCACUCGGCAAGUACGAGUCUUCUGCAACUGGUGGCGCUGCUGCAAAGUCCCUCUAUGUGGCUAACCACGCCUACUAAACAUCAAACUAUCACAUUCAGCUGUGGUCUAAUUGUAGUCUUAUAUCUGCUCUGCUAUUCCCGAUCACUCCUCCAUCAUUCACAGGCCUGCGCUGUCUACUGUACUUUAGAGUUGUCAGAGUUAUUAAAAUUAGAUAUAUAUAUAUUUAAAGACAUAAUGUGAAACUACAAUACUAAAGGGAACAGGCUUGUUUUUUCUAUUCAAUCAAACAAAUCAAACCCAGAGACAAUUUAUGACUAAAAUGGAAAACUAUUUUAUGUGUGUAACAGGUAUUAGGCUCAGAGUCACUGUGCACUUGUUACCCAGUGCUUUCACCCGUUCUUCCCCACAUUGUAAAUCUUGAGUCGCUCUCAAGCAGGCCAGAUCCACUCCGAAGCAGGCCAGAUCAGCAUGUGUGUGUCGGUGUUUCGCUUCUGUCAGAACGCAGCGUUGGCUCAUCAUUAAAAUGCUCCUCCUACUCCCUGACAGCGGGACCAACCAAUUAUUAGUGGCAUCAGCACGUCCGUCAAGGGACCAGAUGACAAGACUUUUCAGGUUGAGUUGAUCUUUUGAGCGACUGCCUAAACAUGUGGAGUGCUGGUUGUACUUUAGACAGCUUCAGCAGAGGUCAGUAGACCACUCUGUAAUAAACCACAACACACCAGGAUUCAUCCUAACCUUUCUGUUCACACGCUUCUAAUCACCACUAAUCAGAGAAACAUCUUGUGUGUCUAUUCUCAGUAUAACAUUAGCUUUAAAUUACAUACAGUAAUUAAUGUAUUCAGUUGUGUGAAGGUGUCGAUAUUAUGUGAUGCUUGUGUGUCAUUCCCCCUCCUGAUUCCCCCAGCACGCCCCACAGGAACAGGAGAUGGUUUCUAUGAACUACUCUUAAUGUGGACCAAUACGUGGGGUUAGCGGUGGGGAAAGCAGUCACUGCUGUGUUGGAAAACUGUGAUGUUUGUGAUGUUAAUAUUGUUCUUGAAGCACUUGUUGGUCAAAUAGUGGAGAAAAAUAAAAUAAACAUUAAAAACUUG